AUGAACGAUACCAAUACGGCAGACGACCCUUUUAGUGGUGGAGAAUGUAGCAACAGUAAUAUAGAAGAUUCUACAAUGGACAAAUCAGAAUCAGAAUUGGACGCAAAGAACGACAAUGACGAUGACGAUGGCCGAAUAUUCUUCACAGACACCUCAGCGGCAAACCACAACAAGCUAAAACGAAGAGGCCCACUCAUGGAGUCCAGAAUCAGCAAUACACUAGGAUCAUUAGGCGAUAAUCUACGGAAAAUGUCCAGUGUGGAUAGUAGCAGACUAGCCGAGAAACUACUAGAUUCCGCAGAUACAUUUGGGAACUUUAUCAUGUGGAUGCCUGAACCAUCGCUACCUAGCCGAUACUCUGGUUCAAUUGAAAUGCCUUCUCGUCAAGUACAAAUGGCAUUGAUAGAUCAGUUUUUCAACGAAAGAUACGAGAGCAUUGGAUUGGUGCCUAGAUACUACUUUUACGAACAAUUGGAAACGAAGGGUUUGCUGAUCACACCUCUUUUACUCAACAUUAUUUAUGCGCACGCUGCUAGAUUUGUCAACAUUCCAAAUUGCCCUAAAACCGAAGUGUUCUACCAUAGAGCAAAGCGAUUAGUCGAUGAUUUUAUGGAUGUUCCAAGAGUCAGCACUGUUGUCGCCCUGUGUUUGCUAAGUUUGUACGAACCUAGUCCAGCUAUCUAUCGACCUGGAGCACACCACUGUAGGCAAUGGCAGUACUGUGGCAUGGCGUGUCGCAUGGCGAUCGAAUUGGGACUGUACGAUGAUGGACACAUACACAGUACUUUAGCUCCUGUUGAAAUCGAGCUUCGUCGCCGUGUAUUUUGGGGCUGUUAUGACUUGGACAAGUUUCAUAGUGGAGGUUGGGAGAGACCCUACAUGAUUUCGAAAUCGUUUAUCAAGACGUUACCGCCAGCACCCUUGCCAGACGAAUCUGAAGACGAAGUCAAAAUACUGAAUCUGUACGUAGCUCGAAUGCAAUUUAUUUCCAUCAUUGAAGACGGCUUGAUGUUGCUGUGUGCCUCUCAGUCCUUCCACAACAGCUCAAACACUGUGUUCCUCGGCAUCCAUCGAGACAACAUGGUUGAAAACAUCACCGACAACCACGCUCAGCAUCAACAAUGGCUGCGGUCUUUGACUCCUGAAAUGCAAUGGACUCCAAUCACAACCAUCUCUGUCAAAGACGUAUUAGAUCUACCAGCACCGAGACCAAUGGUUGGACAUUUGCACUUGUAUUAUAACACGGUUGCUUUGGAACUCCUGGUGAAGAUUCCCAGCAACUCAGUGAUACAGUUCCAAUCUCGAGUUACUGCAGCUUGUAUGACUCAACUCGUUUAUCACUUAUGCCAAACACCCUCCUAUAUCAUCAAGUUUGAUUUCCUAGUGCACUCCAUCAUUAAUGCUAUCAAAAUUCAUCUCUGUUACCUAGACGAUCCAGACAUCAAUUUAGCUCAGCAAGCAUGGCUCUUAUUUGACAGAUCCAUUUGGUGUAUGCAGUUGGUCAAUACGUAUGCGGUCAUCCCUAAUUGUACAAAAUUCCUUCAGCAAGUGCAGAGCAUUUACGGACUACAAAUGGCAUCAACCAACAGCGAGAGUACCAAGGGCAAAUCAUCACCCAAAGCGAACGCCACCGCAUCCUCCGAAAGCGUUCGUGCGAGACAGCAAUCUCAGUCAUCGCCAUUGAUAUCCAAUACUCAGCAACAGCAACAGCAACAGCAACAGCAACAGCAACAGCAACAGACACAAAAAGGAAUGCAAUUGACUGACGAGAGCAGUAGACUGAACAGCGGUUCUGCCAGUCAAGGCUUGCAAUACAAUCCUGAUCUGAGAGAAAUAUCGGCUCCUACCUACAUGACAAACUGGACACCCACAUCUCAGCCACAGGUCUCAAAUCAGAGCGAUCAAACUAUGCUGCAACUAGAUUCCAACACCAAUACUGAAAGCAUGGUCUAUUUGGAUAAUCGAUAUAGAUUCUCAGCAAAUACUAGAAGCAAUAGUAACAACAGCAACCUACCGCAACAUCCAGGAUUUGAUCAGUCAUCGUCAAAUACAACAACGAAUCAGCUAUGGCCACCUUCACAUCAUCAACAGACAUCCAGCAAUCUCGAUCAGCAGUUUAGCCUCAAUAAUAGAAAUGAAAGCAACGCUGUUCUCUCUUACAAUAACGGCGAUAUUGUAGUGCCAAGUCAGCUUUUAGUAGACGACAAUACAUCUGAUAAUGCCAUGUAUCAAUCUCAACAACCGCUACAGUUGCCUCCGCCGCAAAACCAAUCAGUCACCAACUCACCUGCAAGAUACACCCCUCAACAUAUGAAUACAAAUACUGCUCCUACUAAUUUAAUAUGGCAAGAUCCUAGCAAUAACCCCAAUUUGAAUGACGACAAUAAUCACGCAAGUAACAAUGGAGGCCUUGAUGUCUACUUGUCUUCAAGGCAGCAUUAUCAAAAUAUGAUUAAAAGAUGA